CGGUGCGCGGGGCUCGCGGCAGCUCAGUCUCCUCCCGAGCCCAGCCCCGGCCGGCGAGAGCAGAGCGACCGCGAGCCGGAGCCCGAGCCCGGGCCUCGGAGCGAGGAGGCGGAGGGCCGAAGAAGGCGGAGGACCGGAGUAGCGGCCGCGCUCGGGCUCCCGCGGUGCGUGUGUCCUCCUGGCGGAUCCCGCCUAAAUGUUGAAACUGUUUCCUGUGAAGCAUAAGAUUUCCUGAUUGUGGAAGAACCCCUUAAGCACCAUUAACUGUAAAGUGAGGAAAAGUAUGAAAGAACCAUCAGGUUGAGUCUGCAAUUUGAAGACUGCCAUAUCCACCAGAACACCCAGGAUGGAUCUGCACCAAAGCACCACCAUCAUGUUCCUUGAGAAAUGGUGUUCAGAUAAGUCAUCAUCUGGCUGCAGGAGACAUUAUAAUGUCAGAAAAAAACUGAAGUUAAUUCGAAUCUUAGGCCUUUUCAUGGGCCUGGUAGCCAUUAGCACUGUCCCAUUUUCAAUCAGUGCCUUUUCUGAGACAGAGACACAGAGCACAGGAGAGGCCAGUGGUGCAAGUGGGCCCAGGGUAGCACACAGUUACCAUCAAAGAACUCUCUUAGAUUUAAAUGACAAGAUUCAAGAUUAUACUCCACAGCCACCUCUUUCUCAGGAAGGCAAAUCUGAGAAUAGUACAGAUCAUGCCCAAGGAGACUACCCAAGAGACAUCUUCUCUCUCGAGCAGCGAAGAAAAGGUGCCAUCAUUCUCCAUGUCAUUGGAAUGAUCUACAUGUUCAUAGCCUUAGCUAUUGUCUGCGAUGAGUUCUUUGUUCCUUCUUUGACUGUCAUCACUGAAAAACUGGGCAUCUCUGAUGAUGUGGCUGGAGCCACCUUUAUGGCUGCUGGGGGCUCAGCCCCAGAACUUUUCACGUCUCUCAUAGGGGUAUUUAUUGCUCAUAGCAAUGUCGGCAUUGGUACUAUCGUGGGCUCAGCGGUGUUCAAUAUCCUCUUUGUCAUUGGCAUGUGUGCUCUGUUUUCCAGAGAAAUCUUAAACCUGACGUGGUGGCCACUCUUUCGGGAUGUGUCCUUCUACAUCAUUGACUUGAUCAUGCUGAUCAUAUUUUUCCUGGAUAAUUUUAUCAUGUGGUGGGAAAGCUUGCUUCUCUUAACAGCUUACUUUGGCUAUGUGGUUUUCAUGAAAUUCAACGUCCAAGUAGAAAGAUGGGUGAAGCAAAUGAUAAAUCGCAACAAAGUCGUCAAGGUGACAGCACCAGAGGCCCAAGCAAAGUCAUCUACAGCCAGGGACAAGGAUGAACAGGCUCUACCGGCUAAGCCACGACUCCAGCGAGGUGGGAGUUCUGCCUCCCUCCACAACAGUCUCAUGAGGAACAGCAUCUUCCAGCUCAUGAUACACACCCUUGACCCACUUGCUGAAGAACUUGGAUCAUAUGGAAAACUAAAAUAUUAUGACACAAUGACUGAAGAAGGGAGGUUCAGAGAAAAGGCUUCAAUUCUCCACAAGAUCGCCAAGAAGAAAUGCCAGGUGGAUGAGAACGAGAGGCAGAAUGGGGCUGCCAAUCAUGUGGAAAAAAUCGAGCUCCCAAACAGCACGAGCACAGAGGUGGAAAUGACACCAUCCAGUGAUGCUUCAGAACCUGUUCAAAAUGGAAAUCUCUCCCACAGCAUUGAAGCUGCAGAAGCCCAGACCACAGAGACAGGUGAAGAUGAAGAGGACCAGCCUCUCAGCCUGGCCUGGCCUUCUGAUCCACGCAAACAAGUUACAUUCCUAAUUGUUUUCCCUAUAGUGUUUCCUCUAUGGAUUACGUUACCUGAUGUCCGCAAACCAUCAUCAAGGAAGUUUUUUCCCAUCACAUUCUUUGGCUCCAUCACCUGGAUCGCAGUAUUCUCUUACUUGAUGGUCUGGUGGGCGCAUCAGGUUGGAGAGACAAUUGGCAUUAGUGAAGAGAUUAUGGGUCUGACCAUCUUGGCUGCUGGGACCUCCAUCCCUGAUCUGAUCACCAGCGUCAUAGUGGCCCGGAAGGGACUCGGGGACAUGGCUGUAUCCAGCUCUGUUGGAAGCAACAUUUUUGACAUCACUGUAGGGCUUCCGCUGCCCUGGCUGCUGUACACCAUCAUUCACAGAUUCCAGCCUGUGGCCGUCAGCAGCAAUGGCCUCUUCUGCGCCAUCGUCCUCCUCUUCAUCAUGCUGCUCUUUGUCAUCCUCUCCAUCGCCCUCUGCAAGUGGCGGAUGAACAAAGUGCUGGGCUUCAUCAUGUUCGGCCUCUACUUUGUGUUCCUUGUGGUCAGCGUCCUCCUGGAAGACAAAAUUCUUGUGUGCCCUGUCUCCGUCUAGCAGGAAAAGCCAUAUCUUGAACCAACAGCAUGGACAGUCCCUCCCUGCUCUGGGUUGUAUGCUCCUUGACUUGUGGAGAAGAGGCCGCUGGCACACAGCCUGGGCAUUUCGAGUGUCCCUCCUUGGAAGAUUCAAGGAGGGAUGGGUUCACCCUGGACCCAUUCAUUCCACGGGCUACUCCCACCCUCACCUACUGAAAUGGCUCCAUGCAAGAUACAAAGAGAUCCGACCCUUUGGGGCUUCUCCCCCUGCACCGCUGACAGGUAUUCCUUGCUGGUCAGAGGUGCAUUCGUUGUAAUGAUGCAAACAAUGAUGGAGGAGAUAUAUAUACAUAUAAAGUAUACAUAUUAUAUAUAGAUGCACAUGAACAUACUCCCGCCUGUUCCUGUAUUAUACCUCUCCUUCCACACCUAUAGAGUAGUACAUACCUGUAUACAAACGCAAAGAAAAAUUAUAUAUAUAUAAAACCAUAUAUAUAUGUAUAAAUACAACUGCAUCUUUUCAGGGAUAGCUCUAGUAUAUUUAUAGCACCUAGUUGAAGAGGGGCAUCAACCUUCAGUCUGAGCUUUACCUCUUAAGUGCAAGAGGUGAGCUAAUAGCAUCAUUACUGUGAUCUUCAGCCUACCUUGGACAUGCUGGGAUUCUGCCUGAUAAGGUGGACGUUUUAGGAAUAGGUUGCAAGACGAUGGGCGGGGUGGAGAAGAUCUGUAGGGGCCCUGAAAGGAGCCCUCCAAAACAUUCCCGCAAGCCAAACUGAGAGGAGCAUUUGCCCACCCGCAACUAGAAUACACUCUCUGAAACUCACAGGGUUAUUGGAACAUUCGAAGGUAACACCUAGGCUGGAUGGAUACUGGUUUGGGACAGGGGGAAGUGACCAUGGUUGGGUUUCAGGGGUUGUUUUUUUUUUAUAUUGCCCCAGCAUGCAAGUAGAAAAUAAUGAUUGCAAACCAAAUUAGUGCUCUUCUAGGACAGCAAGACUAUAUAAACUGAACCUAUACUGUUCCAAUGCAUGUCCCAUUAUCAUCAAAAGAAGGGGGGCAAGCUUAGCCAUUACUGUCCUUUAGAUGUAUUUUGAUGCUAAGGGCUCAUAUAUAAUCAAAAUGCCUGCCAAGAGAGCCUGAUCUGUACUAAGAAAUACCAUCCAGUAAAGGCACUCAGUGGGACUUGCCCCCUAAGGGCGUGGUUCUUUAAAGCAUUUUCCAGUGCGGUCAUAAAGGGCUUCAGUGACAAGAAAUAAAUCAUUGUUCCUCCAACCAAUAUAACUAAAUUGACUCUGAACAACACUGUUUGGAUUGAAACAGUUUAGAGAUGUUUGGAAAGGUGUGCGUUCCCUAGAAAAGUAUCUGAGUCCUGUGUCUAGUGGUGCCUGUGUUUAGUGAUGCAUGGUUAAAGCCCAUGCAACACGGGUGUUUCUCCUGCCCUCAGGACCCCAUCUGGGACUCACUACCCACAGAACGCACUGCAGACCACAGGCACCAGUUUCUUUACAUUAGCUUCAAGCCAACCACUCCAAGGUUCACAUUUCCAGAGCAUUCAUGGGACAUUAUCAUUUCUUUCAUUCAGUGCCCCCAAGCUCUUUUUGAUAGCUUGUGUGAUUUCUCGGGUCUAUCAACAGAAAAUGAAACCAACAGGGGAAAAAAAAAAAUUAGGUAGACUAAAUUGGUUGAGAGAAAAGUUUUUCAUUUCCUCAAAUCAUGCUUUUUAAAAUCAGUUUAGAAAGUAAAUAGAGGACGGCCCCUUAUUCUGCAGCCACGCCGCAGCUCAGAGCUGCAGCACACCAGGCAAGAGCAACGACAGCGCCUGUGUUCUUCGCUCCCAUCUAUCGUGUCCCUGAUGCUGCUGUGAGUGAGCAGGUACCUCUAACACAGGCUGAAACAGGCUGCAGAACCCACGACUGAAUAAAGAGGGGGACCUGACAACCCCAGAUCAAGCACAGUAUUCCUUCCACAAAACCUCAGCUCACUCCUCAGAGCCUGGCAGUAACAGGCGGUGCCCAUCGCUGCUCUGCUCGUCCACCGGGAAAGCAGCAGACGAAGAUGGCUGCCGCCCGGGAGCUGGCUUCCCAGUCUCUCCAGCGUUGAAAAGUCCGUGCUCAGCUGGGGCAGAGAGACCCACGUCUCCGUUAUCCAGGGCAGGAUUUUGUGGUGAGGCAAGAAUGUGUGCUGUUUCCUUCGUGUGAAAGAGAGUAAGUCAACACUGAGUUUGUAAAACUCUGGUGGUUUUCCCUGUGCGUUACUUGAAGGAGAGCAGAGUUGGUUAUUGGGGGAACGUGUGUUGUGGCCUGGCCUGUUGUUUGAAAGGAUUGACUAGGGGACUGUGACUCAAUUGCAGAGAGACUGUGUAAAACCAGAACGGAUGAGGGAGGUCCGGUGCAGCUCUGUUCUUAUUCCAGCAUGUCCUCACGUACCCACUGCCUCCUCACUCUUUGCUGUUCAUUCCCAGCUCCCAGUGAAGAUUCAUGCAACCAGCCACAAAGGUUUUUACUUGCCUGGGAGCUCCCGCUCCUAGGGAGUGCUGUGGUCAUUCGUGAAAAUUUGCAUUUGAGAGGACACUUUUUCCAACCCCCAUUUCCACCUCAGUGGCGUGCAGUGUUCCCUUGCUGGCCUGUAUGCGGGUACCCUCUCCCUGCCACUGCUUGCCCACUUCCCCUCUUGACAGGUUAAUUGGACUCAGGUUAAUCCAGAGAGAAGUGUGUAAAAUGCAAGAGUGGAUCUUUAAAAACAUGGGAAUCAUUAACAUAAUUAUAAGAACUUUCCACAGCAUGGUUUCCUGAGUAGGUCAUCUCCAAUGCCUGUAGAAAUACAUGUAUAAAUGUGUGUGUGUGUGUGUGUAUACACCUUCAUACCAAAUCUAUAUAUACACACACAAAAUACCACUUAUAUAAUCACCCUCUGACCCAAUCACACUCAGGAUUCAAAAGCAGGGAUCACCAAAGUUGGCCCUAGUGAAGAAAGAGGAAACUCGUGCACACCAACAACCUAAAGGAACAUUUCCUGAUUUCACAAGGUUUGUUUUGUGCACAAAUACAUAACAAACAUCCACAUGUGCACCCUCCCCAUAUAUUUUCCUACCCCAAGAAUAUAGAUUUACAUCCUUACAGAAAUGGCCAGCCAUGUCCCUAAUGCUGAGGUAGAGGUAAAGAAUGCACAACAGAAAAGUACAGGGGGAAAAGAUUUAGACUACAGAUAUUCUCUUCACUUUUCUGGAGCAGGAUAUAAUAUCAAAAACUCAAGAGCCAACCUCUUACUGUUCCAUCUAAAAUAAACGAGCUGUACUCAGAUAGUUCCAUUUACCUGCAGCGAACCAAGAAGGUCUUGCUUGCUGUCCCUUCCCCUGUCACCCCAGGCAGCCUCAAGACAGGAGAGCGACUUGGCUCACACUGAAAAUACCCAAAGAGAACCUUCUGAAUUGUAGCUGGGAGUGCCCACGCUGAGUCCAGCUGCCCUUUGAACCUGACUAGUUCCUGAAGAACUGAAGCUGGAGAUGAGAUGGUGUUUAUGCAGCUUCCCGGACUUAAGCUGAGCUAGGCAGUCAGUGACAGAUCGGGAAAACCCAGUAAUGUCCACAGUCUAAGGGGGAGGGUUGUUUUAUCAGUUCGGCCGAGACAGCAGAAUUUCCCAAAGCCUUGCCCAGAAGAUUAUGAAAAGCGGCAGGGACAGUCUCAUACAUUUUCAAAGGAAAAAUGCUUUGUAAGGCUUCUAACAGGUGUCAGCUGACAGGGGCCAUUAUAAUUUAUUUUCUAGGGAAGAAGUGAAUCAGGUGUUUGGAGCCCUUUCAGUAAAACACAGCUGCUUGACUGAUGAGACACUUGAUAAUAUUAAUGUAAUCCAUUCCUAGGCAGGGAGAGAGCUGGCAGGCUCCCCACCACUGCUCACAACUCCUCUUGUGACAGAGAUGAGUUAUCAAGGCCCCCACCUCCCACCCCAGACUACCCUCACUGAAAGCUGAGGAGGAAAGUAACAGGUAGCGCUGCUGGCCAGAUAGACAGCCGGAGAAGAUGGGCCUAAUGUUAAAUGCUCUGUUGAAAUUGCUGGGUUGGAAUCUCUAACGUGGAUCUCAUGAGCUGUCUGAAUGCAAGCAUUUCAGAAAAUUUAUGCUUUCUCCCUACAUCUACCAAUCCACAGACACACACACAUACACAUACACACACUCAUGAGGAUACCAUGCCUUCUUGCACCUGGACAGAUUGUUACUCCAGUUAUUAGGUAGCUAUAUUAUAAGUAGCAACACUGUUCCUGAAGAAAUAAAGGGGAGCUGUUCUCAGGGUGGUUUCUGGGGAAAAAAAUCAACUGUGUCCUGAAAGCUUACUAUAGAAACUAGUGCUCAUUCUUGCUAAGCUAGAUCUUACUUAAGCACCUGGCUUCAUAUUUUUACAAGAUGCAUUCUCAACUCCUAUACGUCCCUUAGCAUAGCAGGAGGGUCUUUAAUUCGCGGAAAAAGAGAGAGUGGGGAAAAAAGGAAAGGGAAGAAAAGAGAUAUUAAUUUACUUUUACUGGGAUUCUCAAGAAAGCAAGUAUCACAUUGAUAUAUACCCCUAUGUAGUUUUAAAUAAUUAAAAAUUUCAGGCUUUUUUUUUUUAACCAAAUUACAAAAAUCGAGUUUCAGGGAGUUCCUGUCGUGGCUCAGUGGUUAACAAACCCAACUAGCAUCCAUGAGGACACAGGUUCAAUCCCUGGCCUCCUCAGUGUGUUAAAUAUCCAGUGUUGCCCUGAGCUGCAGUGUAGGUUGCAGGUGCAGCUCGGAUCCCACGUUGCUGUGGCUGUGGUGUAGGCCGGCAUCUACAGCUCCAAUUGGACCCCUUGCCCGGGAACCUCCAAUAUGCUGCUGGUGCAGCCCUAAAAAGACAAAAAGACCAAAAAAAAUAGUUUCGGAUAAAAAUAUGUCCCCCUCUCAAGAAGGCCUUGGGCGGAAGUUCCCUUGUGAUGCAGAGGGUUAAGGGUCCAGCAUCUGUGACCCAGGCUGCAACUGCAGCUUGGGUUCAAUACAAAAAAAAAAGGGCUUGGGGGUGGGAGGAACAACCUUGGGAAGAAAGGUAAGGGGCCUCCACUCCACUGUCUUUUUAAGGUUAGCUCCUUCCCUCUGCAGCUUUAUGUUUCCUUUUUCAUCUCAGCUUCCUAUUCUUUGAUAUAUCUAGCAAACAAAAAGAUCAAGAAAGGGCACACUUCCAGCCAGCUAAACUCUGUUACGUAUCAUUAGCUGCCCAUCACACUUUUUUUCACUUCACUGGGAGCCUCAACACAGCAGGAGCUGCAGCACAGAAACCACCAGGAGCAUUUUGGCCUAUGCAGAAAACACAGGGGCACCAUGAAUGUUACAGAAGUAACUCGGGCUUUCCACCUAGAUACCCUCACACAGUGUGCUCACUGCCACUUUCCCUGCCUUCCUCACACAAGGGCACCAACCUCACCCAGCACCAUCUGAAUGCCAGCGUGGUCUUGACUGUCAGUUUUCUUUAAACAAAGGGAGCAAAAGCUACAAGGAACACAUGAAUCCACAAGUCCUCCAGGUUUUUAGAGAGAAAAAAAUGACCCUGUAAUUAUGACUGGGUAGAUAACUCUGUUCACAUUAGCAAACAAGGAGUUUCCAUUGUGGGUAAGCAGGUUGGGAACCAGACUAGUCUCUUUGAGGAUGUGGGUUCAAUCCGGGGCCUCACUCAUUGAGUUAAGGAUCCGGCAUUGCCAUGAGCUUCAGCGUAGGUCACAGAUGCAACUCAGAUCUGGCAUUGCUGUGGCUGUGGCAUGGGCCAGCAGCUGCAGCCCCAAUUUGAUCCCUGGCCAGGAACUUCCAUAUGUCGCAGCUGUGGCCAUAAAAAAAGAAAAAAAAAAUUGCAAAUAAUGGGAGACUCUGUGGAACACCAGAUUACCUAAGCCAAAGCCCUUUCACUAAAUGAUGGGUUGACAGACUGGAAAACCUUAAAGAAUUUUGUAAAACACAAAUACCUAAGUCUGAAAGAGUGCAUUGAGUUUGCCAAAGGUUUAGUUCUGUUUGGAGUUUGUCCAACCUUUCUCCCUCAUCCAAAGGACAAUCCUUUCAUAGGAGAGGGGUCCUAGCAUAGAUGUUCCUGGUGUAACUCAGGUCCAUCAGAUAUUAACAUCAACAAUGGUCAGUGUCAGAAAAGUCUUCCUGCAGGUUAACCCCAGCCCCUCACAGUGAUGAGUUAACCUUUUUUUUUUUUCCUAUUUGGGAGAAAAGAGCUGCAUCUGGACGCUAUUCAGUAUUUACCCCUGACAGAGCCAGGAGUCACCACUACGAGACCUUUUAUCUAUUUUCAUCAAAAGUACUUUUAGAUUUUUAUUUCUGAGACUUUUUUUCUAGCCCUCUUGGUAAUUUUUAUGUUCUUCUCUACUAAGCCUUUCAAAAUGCUUCAUGUUGCUCUGAGAUCAUGGAACCUUAUGACUAAUCAUGACUCAAGUAUAAGGUCUGAACAGGGCUGAAUGGUAGACUCAACCCCAAUGUAUUGCUCCCUUUGAUGCACCUCUUGGUGGCCCUUACCUUUAAGAAAGUCACGGUUAAUUGCUAAUUCACAUUAAUCUUGUGUUCCCUCUAACUUCUGUAUCUUUCUCCAAGACAUUCGGGCAAAGCCCUCACAUUUCUCAGCUUGUUCCCCAUGCAUUUAGAUGGUUGUGUAUUACCUACCAUGAGUCCCUCUACAUUUGGCCUUAUUGAGUCUCCUUUUUUCCAGUCCAGGGUGGGCCAAUGCUUUCUUUCCUUCCAGGUUCUCACUACCAACCUCCCCACUUAGUAAACUUGACAAGUCUAAUGAGCAUUUUCUCCAUCUCUGCAAUGGGGUGAAGAUCAAAAAUACUAGACCCUUGACUCCCAACAACUUAUGUUUUUUGUAAUUAACUAUUUCGGGGGGGGGGGAAAUCCCUCUUAGUUGAUACUAAAAUGUGAAUAGAAUUCACAACCACAAGAGAGUAGAAUCACAGAAAUACCUUAAGACCACCAGUGGGCCUCAACUCAACAAGUACUAACAGGCAUUUAUAAUCUGGUGCAAAGUAGAACACUGGGUGCAGCCUAUCUUGAGGCCUAGUGAGGUCAAGCUCAUGCACUUCAUUUUUUUAAAGUCAUAAUCCCUCUCACCAAGAACUCAGCAUGAGGAAGACACCAAUGGAGAUCAUUCAGGAACUCUGGACCUGCAUUUACCUGCAUCGAUUUACCAAAAGUUAUAUUUUCGCUCUCAGUAGGACAUGGUUGGACCAGCUCUCAUCACCCAGUAUUGCAGCACAUUUACUUGCUCGGGUGGUGGGUUGGAUGGGAAUUGCAAGAUUGUUGAGUGGUGUCCUGGCCCAGGAAAAUGGGCUGCAGCAUUCACUGAAAGGAUGGGAAUUGGCUCCUGCAUUCUCACUUAUGGGAUGCAUGCCCCUCUAUAAUGGGUCUAGAAAUAACUUGGGCCUUGGGACUCAUAGUUCUCUAAAAACGCUUAACUAACCAUAAAAGAAUACUAACUUUUUAAAUCAGGUAAUCAAAAAAAAAAAAAAAAAAAAAAAGAAGGAAUGAAGUCGGAAUCCC